AUGCAAGGACAGUUAUUGUCCGAUAUGACUCUAGAUCGACAAAGAACCCUUCGACCCAUUUCGAACUGUAGGAACCAAAAGUUAUGUCGAGAUGAGCCAAAGCAACUUAUCAAACCGAUCCUCAAGAAGAGCGUCCCUCCUCCGCCUUUGGGUAUACUCGACGGAUUCUUUGUGAGUUGGGAUCCUUUCUCCAAUGAGUUGAAGACUCCCCAGAGUGGGACAGAAUGGAGAUGGAACAUGGCAAACUCGACUUUCUUUGUUGAUUGGGCGGAGCCAACAUACUCUUAUCUCGGUCUCGAGGGUGCUAAAAUGCCAUUCCCGCAUUUGUAUCAGCCGAUAUACUUGAACAAGGAGAAUAAAUGGGCAUAUUUCAUCAUCAGUGCGAAUUUCACACGAACAGGAAAGACGCCUCUCCGGCUGGAUCAUCCGAUUCAUUUGCAUGGGCACGAUUUUUUUGUACUAGCGCAAGUCAUAAAUGAGCAAGUUGACAAAAAUGUGCCCGUGACGUAUGAUUUGGGUAAUCCUAUGAGGAGGGAUACUACGGUCUUACCUGGUGGUGGGUUCUUGGUCAUUGCAUUUGAGACAAGAAAUCCGGGUGCCUGGCUCACUGUCAUCUGGCGUUUCAUUCGAGCAAUGGAUUCGCAUUACAGUUUAUUGAACGUUGGAGUGAAAUUCUUGAGUGACUUAACGGUAGAGAGGCAAGGCAGUAUCGUCGACAGUGUGAGAAGUGGAGGGAAGAUUGGAAAACAAACCCAGCAAGGACUGGUAUUAGGGACUCUGGAGCAUAAAAUAUGCACCCCUUGGUUACAGCAAGGAUUCCUUUCUAUAUACUGGGCCUGGUAA